CCGUAGUUCCACCAGUCGCCACCAGAGGUCCGAUGAAACGAUGGCACUGUCGGUGGUAAGAAAGGGAGUUUCAUCCCUAACUGGGCUGGCAGGUCGGCGGCUGCUGCCCUCGGCAUCUGUGCUGCAACCACAGGUGGCCACCAUCGUGAGUAAGGCACUGCGGGACAAGGACUACAGGCGGCCAGCCCCCUUUCCCUACAAGGACUCCCAGUAUGGCCUCGUUGCAGCGCUCAUGGACAAGACCACACAUCGCUUUGAUGAAAACUCCAAGAUAAUUGUGGUCGAUGGGCCAAUUGCUGCAGGAAAAACAAAGUUUGCAAAGGAAGUGGCUGAGGAGUUGGACAUGCUCUUUGUCCCAGGUGCCAACAUGGACAUGGUAUACAUCAACUCCUAUGGCUAUGACAUGCGCCAGCUUGACUCCGAGAUGCCAGACGCUGCCAAGAGUUUUGAUGAAAAGAAUUUCCUUCAGAAUCCAACCCACCGCAAUGUUGCAUCUUUCCAAUUUGAAAUGUUCCAACUCAAGCUGACACAAUACAUUGAUGCCCUUGCUCAUGUGUUGAGCACAGGCCAGGGAGUCGUGAUGGAACGCAGUGUGUACAGUGACAUGGUCUUUGUGGAGGCAAUGGCAAAGUUUGGAUACAUGAGCAAAGCAGCAAGGAACCUGUAUUAUGAGUGUAAGAAGAUGACGGUGCCUGAGCUGAUGCGACCACACUUGGUCAUCUACCUGGACAUGCCUGUAUCCAUUGUCCAGCAGCGAAUCAAGGCCCGGAAUCUCCCUCAUGAGGUCAACUCCCCUGCCUUGACCCCAGAGUUCUUGGCACAUAUGGAGAUGGUUUACAAGCAGUAUUUCCUUAGGGAGAUCAGUACCCAUGCUGAGGUCCUGAUCUAUGACUGGUCAGAGGAAGGAGACACUGAGGUUGUAGUGGAAGACAUUGAGCGCAUUUCCUUUGACUUUGACAAAAAUGACCCAAAGCUGGCUGACUGGAAGCAGCCAGAUGAGUGGGAGUGGUGCCAGAAGCGCAUGCAGUACACCAAAGGGAAGAAGAAGAUCCUCAACUGGAUGAAUGUGCCAGACUUCAGUGUGCCAGAACUGAUCCUGAAUGCCGAAGAACAUAAGAAAUUCAAGGAUGCCUGGUGGAAUGCUCCUGGUAUGAAGUAUGCAGAAGGUUUCAACGCAGAGAUGGGGGACCAGUUCCUUAAUACGAAGACAAAAAUUGGCACCUAAAAUACCUGCUCUUGUUUCCUCAUGAAUCUAUAGAAAAUAUUUAGCACCAGCAGGCUUGUAUUUGAGAAUGAGAGGGAAGCAAUUGCCAAGGAUUUUUCAGAAAUGCUAGCCUGCAAAUAUUUUUUUUUUAUUUUGAACACUUUUCAUUUUGCA